AUGGCGGCGGGCCCGGCGCCGGUGCCGGUGCUGCGGAUCGUGGCCGAGUGCGGGCGGAGCCGCGCCCGGGCCGGGGAGCUGCGUUUGCCGCACGGCUCCGUGCCCUGCCCCGUGUUCAUGCCCGUGGGCACGCGCGGCACCGCCAAGGGCCUGACGGCCGCGCAGCUGGCGGCGCUCGGCUGCCGCAUCUGCCUGGGCAACACCUUCCACCUGGGCACGCGGCCGGGCUCGGAGCUGGUCCGGCGUGCCGGGGGCCUGCACGGCUUCAUGGACUGGCCCCACAACCUGCUGACGGACAGCGGCGGGUUCCAGAUGGUUUCGCUGCUGGAGCUGUCGGAGGUGUCGGAGGAGGGGGUUCGCUUCCAGCCCCCCCACGGCGGGGAGCAGAUCCUGCUGAGCCCCGAGAAAUCCAUGGAGAUCCAGAACGCGCUGGGGGCCGAUAUCGUGAUGCAGUUGGACGAUGUCGUGAGCAGCACCACGACGGGGCCGCGCGUCGAGGAGGCCAUGAGCAGGUCCGUUCGCUGGCUCGAUCGCUGCGUUGCCGCCCACGCCCGCCCCCAGCAGCAGCUGCUCUUCGCCAUCGUCCAGGGGGGGCUGGACCCCGACCUGCGCCUGCGCUGCAUCCGGGCCAUGACCCAGCGGGACGUGCCCGGCUUCGCCAUCGGGGGCCUGAGCGGGGGCGAGGCCAAGGCUCGGUUCUGGCGCACGGUGAAGCUGAGCACGGAGCACCUGCCCCGGGACAAGCCCCGCUACCUGAUGGGCGUGGGCUACGCCACCGACCUGGUGGUGUCGGUCGCGCUGGGCUGCGACAUGUUCGACUGCGUCUUCCCCACCCGCACGGCGCGUUUCGGUUCCGCCCUAGUGCCCUGGGGGUCCCUGCAGCUGAAAAAUCAACAAUUCGCCAAAGAUUUCCGGCCCAUCGAUGCCGACUGCGGCUGCCCCACCUGCCAGAGGUACUCCCGGGCGUACCUGCACGCGCUGCUGCGCUCCAACACGGCCGCGCUGCACCUGCUCACCCUGCACAACAUUGCCUACCAGAUGAAGCUGAUGGGCUCCAUCAGGGACAGCAUCGUCCAGCAGCGCUUCCCCGAGUUCGUGCGGGAGUUCAUGGACACCAUGUACGGGGGGCGGGGGGGGCCCCCGGCCUGGGCUCGGGAGGCCCUGGAGUCCGUGGGGAUCACCCUGGGCUGAGGGGAGCCCCCCCGGGAUCCCUGGGGAACCCCCUUGGAUCCCUGGGGAACCCCCCUGAUCCUGGGGGAACCCCCCCGAUCCCUGGGGAUCCCCCCCAUCC